AUGAGCGGUGUUAACGCGCAAAGCAGGUCUGCCGCGGCAGAAGACGAUGGGUCGGAUCAGAUAGGAGUUGACUCGCCGAGGUCUGGCGUUGCAACUCCGCAGCCAGAUCUCCAAGACAGACGACUGCCGGGAAUCAUGAGCUACUUCAACCAGGUUCGUACAAGCUCUCUUCAGCGACUGUGGCCGGGUUCUUUCAAGUCAAACGGGCAAGCCGCAACCUUCUCGAAGCCCGCGGCACCAAUCCUCGAAGGACAGUUGCAAGCUGCAACAAUGGUAGAGCUGCCACCCUCUCCUGCUGAGCCAGACUUGUGGACGGACUCGUCAAACGAAGGUCCCGCCCUCCUGGCAGAUGAGAUGCCGGGACCUGCUGCACGCCUGAUGCCGCGGGAAGAUGGCCAGCCCCAGUCAUGUCCCACCCCUCCCACGUCGCAGCCUUCUUCACUCCGCAACUUUCCAGAGGAUCUCUCAAGCCAGAAGUCGACGCAGGGGACUCCUCCGAUCUCACGGUCAACCAGCCUGUGCCAUCUGAACAUCCCGGAGUCCGGGAAAGACAAGGCUCGGAGACCGUCUCUGCUGGCACCCCUGACGACCAUGGUUAGCCAAUCCAACAUAGCUGCUCCUCACCUCUCAAAUCCCGUCGGACGAUCUUCUACUGUGCCUAGUUCUCCGAGCCGUGCACGCCCUGCUGCCAGCGUUCGGGGCUUUUCCUACGAGUCAGCCUCUACGCUAUACCUCAAGCAGAAGCUAACAACCCCAAAGAGCGGUGCAACCACCCCGACCCGUGCUCUCUCCUCAACUCGCGCUCACAGCGAUGAGGACACGAGGCCAAAGAAUGGAGAAAGAAUUGAUCGGACUGCGACGGCCACGCCGACGCCUCAGGGAGCUCAGGCGCCUGCGGCCCGGGGGAAGCUCACCAUCAAGGUCACUGAGGCCCGAGGCCUGAGGAAGUGCCGAGACCCCUACGUAGUGGUGGUCUUUCAACGCAGUGAGCUCAUAUCAUCCGGCCCUCGUCCCUCUGAGGAUGACGAAGAGGCUGCCAUCUCUGCCGUCGCCAUGGGCGGCAUCCCCAUGAAGCGUCAGGGGAGCGAUUCCGGCAGAUCCAUGGCUAUACCCAUGCGGAGUAGACAGAGCAGCAACACGAGCUUGAGCGACUUCAACACCUUCCGCAACCGCAACUCGCGUCGUUCUUUCACUAAUCCGAAAUGGGAUGCCGAGGCCAUAUUCGACGUGGUCGACUCUGAUAAGCUAGUCGACAUUUCAGUUUAUGGCCAGGGCCAGAACGGGGAGGAGUUCCUUGGUCAUGUCGACUUUCAAGCCGUGACCUCGGAGCGAGAGGCUCCCGUCCGAAGAUGGUUUCCGCUGAAAGGCCACGCAGAUACCAUGGCCGAGAAUGCGCCUACAGGCGAAAUUUUUGUCGAGUCAUUCUACCAGCGAGCUGAGCAGAAGCACUUUGGGCCCGAAGAUUUCCAAAUUCUGCGGCUCAUUGGAAAGGGCACCUUUGGCCAAGUAUACCAGGUGCGGAAGAAGGAUACCAAGCGCAUCUAUGCCAUGAAGGUCUUGUCCAAGAAGGUCAUUGUGCAGAAGAAAGAGGUCGCGCAUACCGUCGGGGAGCGCAACAUCCUGGUACGGACGGCCAUGUCGGACUCGCCCUUCAUUGUCGGCCUGAAGUUCUCAUUUCAGACACCCUCGGACCUCUACCUUGUGACAGACUACAUGUCGGGAGGGGAACUCUUUUGGCAUCUGCAGAAGGACGGCAAGUUCGAGGAGAAGCGGGCCAAAUUCUACAUUGCCGAACUCAUCCUCGCUAUCCAACACCUGCACGAGAACGACAUCGUUUAUCGCGAUCUGAAACCUGAGAACAUCCUUCUGGACGCCAACGGCCACAUUGCGCUGUGCGAUUUUGGCCUCUCCAAGGCAAAUCUGACCAAAAACGACACCACCAACACGUUCUGCGGCACGACAGAGUACUUGGCCCCCGAAGUGCUUCUGGACGAGAGCGGUUAUACCAAGAUGGUGGACUUUUGGUCGUUGGGCGUUCUUGUCUUUGAGAUGUGCUGCGGUUGGAGCCCAUUCUAUGCCGAAGAUACCCAGCAAAUGUACAAGAACAUCGCUUUCGGGAAGGUCAGGUUCCCUCGCGACACGUUGUCCUUGGAAGGGCGGAACUUCGUCAAGGGGCUACUCAACAGGAAUCCCAAGCAUCGGCUCGGCGCCACAAACGAUGCCGAAGAACUCAAGCAGCACGCCUUUUUCGCAGACAUUGAUUGGGAUGCCCUUUCGAAGAAGCUCAUCACGCCGCCCUUCAAGCCGCAGCUCAAGAACGAUACCGACGUCUCGUACUUUGAUCCCGAGUUUACCAACGCGCUCGACACCAAUGGAUCCCUCAACGAGCGCGCAGCAGCCCUGGCGAAGGGGUACGCGACGUCCACUCCGCUCUCGCCUUCGGUGCAAGCCAACUUUCAGGGCUUCACUUUUGUCGACGAGAGCGCUCUGGACGAUCACAUGAGGGACAGGUACGGGAAGUACGAGGACGAGGACAACGACGAGGAGAUGGACGAUUCUGAUCGCAAGAAGGACUCUGAUUGGGAUGAUGAUGUGCGCAGCCCCAACCGCAUGAGCGGAAUUCUGCGGGGCAGCAACAAUGACGAGCAGAUGUUUGGUGCGUCGGGCUUCGACAUGUAA